AUGCCAACAAGAAAGGAGGCAACGAAGAGGGCGAGUGGAGAGAAAGCUGGAGAGAAAACCCCCGAGAAAAAGAAGCCCACAAGGCCGGAUGGAACAGGCAACCAACUAGGGCACGGGGACGCGUGGGAAGAGCAAUGGAAGGAGAAGUUUGACGGAGACCAGAAGACCGAAACGUGGGCUGAGAAAAAAGGGAGCAACGCGCAGGGCGAGCGGUGGCUGGAGACUUGGGAGGAACGCUGGGGGUUUAAGACCGCCUACAAAGAGGCAAUUGACAAACAAGGAAACAAAAGAGUUGAGAACGGCAGCAGCAGCGGCGAAAACGGCGGCGAAAACGCCGUUUUCGGAGGAGCUGCAGCAGACAGAGCGCAAGCUGCAGCGGCAGCAGCAGCUGCUGCUGCUGCUGAUGCCGCUGCUUCUCGGUAG